GGCAAUAAAAACUUUACGACAUUCUCACGGAUCUGAGACUUUCUUUCCCUUUUAGAUAUUUUCAGACAAGAUUUUUUAAUCUCCUGUUCUUCUCUUUUUCAGUUUUUGGUUCUUCUUGCCGUCGUAGUAACCUUUGCUUUUUAAUCAUUUGCUUGAGCAUUGUGUGUUCUUGUCCUCUCGAAUUCUGAUUGCGAAUUUAUCCCUAAUCAAAGCUUAGCGAUUUAGGAAAUUCGAUCUCUCUCUCUCUCUCUCUCUCUCUCUCUCUCUCUCUCUCUCUCUCUCUCUCUCUCUCUCUCUCUCUCUCUCUCUCUUUUGCCCUAGAUUUAGAUUUUUUUUUUUUUUUGUUCUUGGUCUUUCUUUUCAUCGUAAUAUAAUGAGUUUCUGGGUCUCCAUGCUCCUCCUCUUAUGUGCGAUAGCUGGGUCAUGCUUACCUUCCGGGCUCGCUUCCUCCGUUGACGCUUGCGAUCAUCAUGAUGAAUUCGAGGUGUUCCGUUGCGGAAUCGACAGAAAGUGUCCUCCUUUUCUCUAUCCCAGACCUCCUACAGAGGUGGAUGGAGACUUGCUAGACAGACUCAUGGAUUCACAUAACCAUGGAAAUGCUUAUACUUCCAUACUGUUUUAUUCCCCUUGGUGCCCGUUCUCAUGUUUAGUACGCCCAAAGUUUGAAGCGCUGAGUUCAAUGUUCCCCCACGUAGGGCACCUGGUUGUUGAGCAGUCUCAGGCUUUACCAUCGGUCUUUUCUAGGUAUGGUAUCCAUAGCUUGCCUUCAAUCUUGAUGGUGAAUCAAACAUUGAAGAUGCGAUACAUUGGUCCAAAGGAUCUUGCAUCCCUGAUUCAGUUUUACCAACAUACAACAGGUCUUAAACCCGUUCAGUGUGUGGAUGAAGCUGAACCUAACCUGAUCAAAUGGCUACACAACGGUUCAUCUAUCAGAGAGAUAGCGGAAAGAGAUCCAUAUUUGGUACUCGCACUGAUGUUUCUGUCUUUGAAACUUGCAAUUUUGAUCUUCCCCAUCAUGGGAGCGCGCUUGAGAACGUUAUGGGCAGCUCAUGUUCCGCAUCUGAGCUUGGGAAUACUCGGUGAGACUAGCCAGCUCUUUGGCCGUGCGUUGCACAUGAUCGACGUGAGGAGGCUUUGGAUUAAACAGAGACUUAACAAGACAAGGGACUUCCAAGAGAGAGCAAAGAAUGCGCUUGCAUCUGUCUCGCUAGGAAAAUCUACUUCACAAUCAGCUUAAAGGGUGCUGAUGAGCUUAGUUUAAUUACUUUUCUUUUUGUGGACUUGUUAUCAACUUUGGAGUUUGGAGUUCUUGUCUCUGUAUGUAAAUCAUGUUUUGCUUAUUUGUGAAUAAUUCAUCUUUCUUUCUUGAAUGUGUGUAUUCCGGGUC